GAUAAUCUUCGCUGGGCUCAGGUGUUCUUGAUGGUGGUAAAUGAUAAGCGGACUGUAGUUUAAAGCUGGUUUACUCCGAAAUGUGAAAGAAUACAAAGAAAGUAGUACAGUGUCGUUGGAGAGCGGAACAAGCGAACAGUAACAAUGAAAUCAAACAGCUGUUCAAGCAGCUGGAGCCAAAGAUCGCGUUCUGCCAGCAGUCUUCAUACGAGGACUACAGACGAGCCGUGGCAGAGCUGGGAUUGGACACGAGAGUCGUCAUCUUCGAUGGGAGGGGGAACUCGAUGGCCGAGUUGGUACAACAGUAUGCCGGCGACCAGUCUGUAGAUGAUUUUGAAGUACGAGCGGGCGUGGCACGCCUGCUCCGGCGCGACGAGCCGAGCAAACAUAUUCUCCGCGGUGAACAACUUCUUCGCUGAUUCGCCGCUGGUGAAUCAGCUCAAGGGUAUCAUGACGAGACAAACGAGCAGUGGUGGGGGUGAGCCGGGACCACCGGACGAGCCUUCUCGCCCCGCCAGCCGGGGCCCCCCUUCCGUAGCUUUGAGCCACUCUGAGAGCCAGCUGUCUCAGCGAUCAGUAUCGCCCGUGCGCGUGCAGCGACAGGUGACGUUUCUGAAACCUGCCGCCGACACCAACCUCGACAGGAAAGCGUCCAUCGUGGACGAGACCAGUGGAAUCACGAGGACUCAGAUGAAAGAAUUCCGCGAAGCGUUCCGUCUGUUUGACAAAGAUGGCGACGGCACCAUCACCAAGGAAGAGCUGGGGCGGGUGAUGCGGAGCCUGGGGCAGUUCGCGCGAGUCGAGGAGCUUCAGGAUAUGCUGCAGGAGGUGGACAGCGAUGGUGACGGCAACGUGAGUUUCGAAGAGUUCGUCAGCAUUCUCUCCAAGUCCAUGUCCGUGGGCGGCGGCACCAGCUCCGCGGAGCAGGAGGAAAGGGAGCUUCGCGACGCCUUCCGUGUCUUCGACAAACAUAAUCGAGGGUACAUCUGCGCUUCGGACCUUAGAGCUGUUCUACAGUGCCUUGGUGAAGAUCUUUCUGAGGAGGAAAUUGAAGACAUGAUAAAAGAAGUUGAUUCAGACGGAGAUGGCCGAAUUGAUUUCCUAGAAUUCGUCCGAGCGCUAGGCGAGCCAGAAGACGCUUGCGACGACGAAGAUGAAGAUGACGUGAUUGAUACCGAGAUUGCGCUGCCAAGGCCUGUGGCCGCCAACUAACUAAACGUUCUAACUCGGGGCAAAGGCAUAUGUAACUCCGUAUAGACUGAUAAAGUCUAAGAAAAAGUACCUCAAAACCAUACAGAAAAAGGUACGGUGACCUAGAUGGCGAUACACCUUUGGGGGACGCUCGGCUA